GCAUACUCUCCCCUGUGGCGGCGCAACGAGCCUGGACGUACGGCGCGUGGACACGGCGCCUCAUGACGGCGAGGAAGGAGCGCGGCGGGUCGUCCGAACCCGCGUCCAGGGUGUCGCUCGUGGGGGGCAGCGCUCGCGCGCCGGGAGCCCCCGGCGCCCAACUGAGAGUGAAGUUGAAACGGAGGCGGAGGAGGCGCUGCAAGAGAAGAGGAAAGCUCAGCGCACUUUCUGCAUUUACCGGCUCUUUCAAGUACCUGGGGGCAGGAGCGGGAAACGUGAUGGAUGAGGACAGCUUAAGUACGAGCAGUGGGGAGGUCAAGGAGAACCGGGACACCAGAAACCUGGACAGCGGUGCCGUUGGCCCUCGAUGCUUCCAGUCAUUUCGUAGCGCCGGGGGGACGUUUGGUCGGGAACGGAUGCAGCCGCUGGAGGGGGGCGCUGGUAGCGGACGCCUCCUUCAGCUUCAGCUCGUCUGCAGGAAGCACUCGUGGUCCGUGUCGCCGAAGAACGCCCUGGUGCACCUCAAUGAGCUCCGCCCGGGGCUCAAAUACAGAACGCUGUCGCAAAGGGGUCCCCGGCAUGCGCCCGUCUUCUCCGUCACCGUUGAGGUGGACGGCGUGGCCUUCCAGGGCACAGGUGCCACCAAGAAGAAGGCCAAGAUGCGGGCGGCGGAACUGGCCCUCGGCUCCUUUGUUCAGUUCCCCAACGCACCGCAGGCCCUCUUCACCAUGGGAGCCUUGGGGCCCACGUCCGUGGACUUCACCUCGGACCGAGCCACCGAUCUCCUGGGCGCUCUCUUCAAGGGCUUUGAGCCGGGACAUGGCGACGGGAAGCUGGACCAUCUCCCUCCCGAUCUGGCGGUCUGCUCCCACUGGGGCCAAGGGGCAGAGCCAGGAUUGCGGGAACACCGCAGUCCAGUGGCGCUGUUGAACGAGCUCCGACCCGGUCUGCGCUACCUCUGCCUGCCGAGGGGAGCUGAGGGCGGCCGUGUGCGCCGGUCCUUUGUCAUGGCGCUCACGGUCGAUGGGAGGACCUUCGAGGGCUCCGGUCGCAGCAAAAAGCUGGCCAAGAACCAGGCGGCGCUGUCGGCCCUUCGGGACCUUUUCGCUGGGGCCCUACCGCCUGAGUGGAGCACCAUCCACAAGCUCGAUAGGAAGUGCCCUCUGCUGCCACAGGGCUUUGCUGAGUCAGUGUCCCGCUUGGUGGCAGAGAAAUACAGCGAGCUGGCAGUCCGCUGGAGCCCAUUGCAUGCGUGUCCCAGGGUCUUGGCGGGAAUCGUAAUGACCAGAGGGAUGGACAUUCGACAUGCUGAGGUGAUCGCCAUAGCAACUGGAACAAAGUGCCUCAAUGGCGAGUAUAUGAGUGACCAGGGGCUCGUCGUGAACGACUGUCACGCUGAAGUCGUGGUCAGAAGAGCUUUUGUGCGCUUCCUGUACUCUCAGCUCGAGCUCUUUCUGAGCAAGCAGCAGGAGGACUGGCAGCGAUCAAUCUUUAUCCCACAUGAGGACAAGGGCUACCGGCUACACAGCGAUGUCCGCUUUCACAUGUAUGUCAGCUCCUCACCCUGCGGUGACGCCCGGCUCAACUCACCCUACGAGACCACGGCUGACUCGCACCGCCUCCUGCACCUGGCUCGGCGAAGCCACAGCCACCUGCGCACCAAGAUUGAGUGUGGGGAAGGGACGGUCCCGGUGCGCUGUUGUCAUGCCGCUCAGACGUGGGACGGCGUGCUACAGGGGGAGCCGCUCGCCACCAUGUCCUGCACCGACAAGAUGGCUAGGUGGAACGUCCUGGGACUGCAGGGGGCUCUUCUCACUCACCUGGUGGAGCCAGUGUACUUGUACAGCCUGACGGUGGGAAGCCUUCAGCAUGUGGGUCACCUUUCGCGUGCAGUGGCCCACAGACUAGGAGGGCUGGGGGGUCUCGGGCGCCUGCCUGCACCCUACCGCUGCCACCGGCCCCUCCUCGCCUGCCUUUGCCGCGGUCGUCCCUACCAUCCAGGAAAAUCCCCUGGAACCAGUGUGAACUGGACUGCGGGCGACGCCCAGCCGGAGGUGCUUAACGCCACCACGGGUACGAGAAUGGCGUCAGGGAGCCCCUCCCGGCUCUGCAAGCGAGCCCUGUUCACGCGCUGGGCCAAGCUGGUCCACAGGCUAAACGGAUGUGGCGCUGGACCAUGGGAGUCGACACCGCUGCCGUACUGCCAAGCCAAGAGGGCUGCUGAAGUCUACCAGGCUGUGAAGCAGCGAUGGGUCAGUGCGCUGCGGGAGGCGGGGCUCGGGACCUGGGUGCGAAAGCCACCUGAGCAAGACCACUUUCUGCUGUGCGUGUGAAGUCUGUUUGUUCGGAGCCAGUGCAACCUGUCUCAUGAUUAGGCUCUACUCUAUACCAAAGGAGGACAGACACGGUUAAAGACUCGAGAGAGCCAGGGAUGAUGUCGGACCCUGACGGCCAUUCCUAUGCAGAACCUCACAGCAGCAGCUAUUGGACCAUCACGUUCCGUGUGCUUGCUACUCUUGGAGUUGUUUGGAGUUGUUGGUUCCUUAACCACUUUCACUUGGGAGGCAAUUUUUUGGUUCAUUCGGUGGAUCAAGGCAGGUCUCACAAAGGGCUCACACCCAGGAACACACACAGCCAUUCGCUGAGACCCUGAUCAUACGAACAGCAGGCAGCGUGUCUUCAGCCUUGACAUUGACAUUUGGGCUGGUGGUACAUGGUUGGGGUCUCACUGUCCAUUUUGGAUCUGAGUGUGUCCUCACCUGGUAUCAGCCCCAUUGAAGCCUCCUUCAGAGGAUCAUCCAUCAACACUUGACAUUUCAGUCUGGCCGGAUCAACAUUAAUUGUGGCCAUUAUAUGCGGCCCUGUUUGCUUUGCGGCAUGCGCGGCACGGGAGAGACCACGUGAAAGCAAGUUUGACUCAGAUUGACUUUUAAUUUCAAUUUGAUUCCUUAUUGUAAUGUACUCAAGCAGGGCUAGGGGUUUUGACUGCUUUGGCCUUUGCAUUUAAAGGAGAUGCGAACAGAAUGCAACAGGACAGUAAUGAGCCAUUCAUUCAUUAGGUCAUUAGUACCUUAAGUGACAUUGACACCUAGUGGCAGCUAUUGGAACUAUCUUGGCUUUGAAAAUCUGUGAGGAAAACAGAAGGGAAAAAUUAUUCUGACCUUUGCUACCGGGUGACUAAUACUAGCAGAGAGGGAAAGGUAAUGUGACUGGGACUUAGAUGCAUCACUCAACUGGCCCAAAGCAAAAGGAUAAUCUCUAGAGUUCAAACCAGAAAACACAAUAAGGUAACAAUGGAGUAGCUGUACACUGGUUUGACAUGAUACAAAUGGUCAAGUUAUGUUUAAUUUCACAUUCUUCACUGAUAUAUUUUCCAAAAUGUAUGGCUGUAGUAGAGUAAAGAGGACCUGCGUUUACAGAUGGUAGUACAGAGUACACAAAUUAAGAGUAGGGAACCACUAAUUCAACUCACGUCCACACUAUUUGUAGCUCGUGUCUGGGAGUUGUUGAUCAGCAAGACAGGGAACGUUCUACAUGUUUGGAGGAAGAAUCAGUCAACAUUUAGUAUAGGUGUUUGUGGAGAUGGCAGAUUUUUACGUUCAGUGGUUUUAAAAUUGAGUUACAUUAUAACGAAGACUGAAAGUUAAAAAUCUUACAUUGCUUUUUGUAUUUUUAAUUUAAUACAUCUAUAUCCAGGAGUUUUCCAGAACCUAACUAGAGAAUAAAUCAAAUGACAUCUGCUUUUACUGAUUGUGACUUAGUGGCAAAAACAAAGACUUUGGAGUUAAUUUGAUAAUUUUCAGUUCAGUUGGGCUUGUUGAGGAGCCAGUCUACUUCAGUCUUCUCUCAGCAUUGUCACAGUGUGGGCAGGUUGGUUUCUGAGUUGACGAUAAAACAUCUAUUUCAAAACAAUUCUCUUACUUGUCUGAGAAUAUAAUACACUGUCAAGUUUUGACUGACAAACAUUUUGAACUCAGUGACUGAAUACCAAUGAGUUCAUUCUAUUCAAACAAAGCACUAUGUUAUGGAAGCAGGAUUUAUACAUUUAAAAGACCAAAAGAGGAUGAGAGAAAAAAAAAAAAAAUCAAGAAACCUGCUUGAACCCCAACUUUACAUCUUGAGCUUUGUGGGAUUACCGUCAGAAGUGUGAACCAGUCAGCAUAGCAGGUUAUUGGAAAACUCAUUUGCCAGUCAGACCUUUUUCGCAGUAAUCGAUCAUACAUAUGUUUUCUUGGUAUUUUCACACUCUGAGUUAGAUGUCCUUCAGAUGAAACUGUGAGCCGUGAUCUCCAGUGUCCUCUCUGGACCGGAGGAAGCGUGACCAGGAGCCAGUGGGAUCUCUCUCUGCACAGUGGCCACAAGUGAUGAAACAGGUUCCGUGGCCAAAGAAUUAUAAAUAAUUACUAAAAUUUCAGUGUUCACAACAUACAUGUUCAGAUAGAAAUUAGAGACCCAGCCAGAUUGUUUAUGAACUACACCCUCCACUGCUGUUGGUCUGUUUUUCCCCAACAUGUUUUUUACCUGCAUAUUUUUCAUACAUUUUAAAGCUUUGUCCAGGUCAGGUGUGGAGAAAUUGAGAGAAACACUGAGAGAGUAAAGAGCAUGUGUAAAUACAGUAUGUAAAAACAGACUGUGAUCUAUUACUAGUGAAUGUUUUUGUGUUGGUGAACAAUAAAAUAAUUAUUAAAAAAAAACAGUUUGCCUCUUCCACUAUAGUCUGUUCUAAAGAUCGACAGGGUGCAGGGGGUUUUCGGGGUUGACAGCUCACGCACCAGAACCUCAACAGACUGCUCAACACCAGAACCCGCAUCAUAUAAUUAGAUGAGCCGAAUGAUGACGCCUCUCAGGUGCGUGCGGAACAGCAGCUGAGGUGGCAAACCACCUCACCAGGUGUCUAAGGCAUAAAUGAGUGUAAAUGAAUGCCUAUCACAGGUGUUGCAGCUCACAUGCCGGAA